CAGCCUUCCCCCCUCUAGAUCUUGGCUCUUUUUUUUUUAAACCAACACCCUUCCAUCGCACUAUACUCACCCACGCGCCAAGAUUCUUUGUUGAUCUACCUUUUGCCCAACAUGGGGUCCCACAAUGAACCAACUCCCGAGAACAUGACAAUGAUGCAGGGCUUUGAGUGGUAUGUCCCAGCAGAUCAGAAACACUGGGUCAGGCUUGAGAAGGAGAUCCCCCAGCUCAAAUCAUGGGGUAUCGACAAUAUCUGGGUUCCACCAGGAUGCAAGGGCUCGUCCAAGACCGGCAAUGGGUACGACAUCUAUGACCUCUAUGACCUGGGCGAGUUCGACCAAAAGGGAAGCGUGGCCACCAAAUGGGGAACCAAGGAGGAGCUCGUCAAGCUUUGCUCUACGGCCAAGGCCAAAGGCGUUGGCAUCUACUGGGACGCGGUUCUGAACCACAGGUUUGCAGCCGACCAUAAGGAGAAGUGCCCAGCUGCCGAAGUCGACGAGGAGGACCGCACCAAGUUCAUCAGCGACACCUAUGACAUCAAGGCCUGGGUUGGAUUUGACUUCCCCGGUCGUAAGGGCAAGUACAGCAAGCAGAAAUACCACUGGUAUCAUUUCAGUGGUGUCGAUUUCAAUGCCGAGAACGAAAAGACAGGAAUCUUCAAGAUCAUGGGUGACAAAAAUCAGGGAUGGGCCGAGGACGGUGAUGUUGAUAGUGAGAAGGGGAACUACGACUAUCUCAUGGGCUCGGACCUGGACUACGACCACCCAGAGGUCCAGGACGAUGUGUUGGCCUGGGGCAAGUGGAUAGCCAAGACGAUCCCGCUGGCUGGCAUGCGGUUUGAUGCUGUGAAGCACUUCAGUGUCGACUUCCUGGCUCGGUUCAUCACCGAGCUCGACGAAGCCUACGGUCAAGGCUGGUUCUUCGUCGGCGAGUUCUGGAAAGAUAGCCUGGACGAUAUGUCUGCCUACCUCCAGCGGAUGGGCAAAAAGUUCAGCCUCUUCGACGCCCCCUUGGUCUAUAGCUUUUCAAGGAUAUCUCAGGGAGAGGGUGAAGACAUGAGGAAGGUCUUUGACAACACUCUGGUGCAGCGGGAGCCCAUCAACGCCGUCACCUUGGUAAUGAACCACGAUACUCAGCCUGGACAGGCGCUCGAGGUACCCAUCGCCGACUGGUUCAAGCCGCUCGCCCACGCCUUGAUCCUUCUCAGGUCUUCGGGCUACCCCUGCGUCUGGUACGGUGACCUGUACGGCACCAAGGCGGAGGAGCCUGCACCUCCCAGCUGCGGUGGGUCGCUUCCCAAGAUGCUGCUGGCACGUAAGCUCUACGCCUACGGAGAGCAGGCAGACUACUUUGACUACGCCACCUGCCUCGGCUGGGUCAAGUACGGCACCUGGGACCGCCCGUACGGCUGCGCAGUCGUCAUCAGCAAUGCCGGAGCGGGAGAGAAGCGCAUGCACGUUGGUGAGAUGCACGCCGGGGAGACCUGGACCGACUUGCUGGGCUGGAGCGACGAGGAGGUCGUCAUUGGCGAGGACGGCUUUGGCUUGUUCAAGUGUGGACAGUGCAGCGUCAGCGUCUACGUGAAUAAGGACGCUGAGGGCCGCGAGCGCUUCGGAGAGAAAUUUGACUCCGAUAUAUAUGGCGAGGGGGAAAAGAACGGCGCCUGUUGAGGUGACACGUUCCAGGGCUUUCUUACAGCAUAUUACAGGGAGAUCUAAUGGAAGUUGCAAGGAUUUUUAUCUCUACUAUAUAAGCUUGAAGCCGAAUCAGCUUCUGAUCUUGCGAGGAUGAUUAUUGAGAAAAAUGUUUGAGAGAAAGUUCUGAUCACUUUAACCGAACAAGUUGGGCACAAUUCCCAAGCACACUGUCUCUAUCAACGUGUCUUCGGCACCACAGACAGAGCCGGCGCUGAUGUAUUGCACCCCAUGACCGUUGGUUCAUGACCCUGUGCUGAUCACAAUCGUCUGGUCCGUCCCGCGAACUCAGCUCAUGGUCUCCGUAUCACAACACAAAAGGUAGAUACUUAUUGUACCGCCUUCCGUAACCGCUUGCUUCAUCCCCAAACCGACCCUGGUUCAGGUGACUGGCCCUGCAGAGCAACGUUGUAUUUCCCAGCUC